CUGGUUGUGUCUUCUCAGGAAGUCAGGCUGGCAUGGGUCUGGAUGAGCUGGCCCUCCGUCUCAACGACAGGGAGUAUAAGAACUGGCUGAAAGCGGCGCGGUGUCUGCUCCUGCUGAGGGAAGGUCUGCACCCCUUCACCUCCCAACACAUGAAAGCUUUCCACGCAGACCUGCUCAAUCAAAAUAGUCUGCUGCGGAAACCGUGCCAGACUUCAUGCAGACCGAGAGCCACAAAGCUGUCCUCGUCGUGUCGGCCGUGUUCAGAGUGGCAAACAGUGAUCCUGAAGCACCACAGACAGCCAGCUGCCACAGUGAACUGGGACAACUGUUCCCCCCCUGACUGGAGGACAGACCACUGGGAGCUGGCCAAGGCCUACAUGCCACGGGGGCAGGGGAAAAAGACGGCGGAUCAGUGCGAUGCCUCUGCUCUGCUCAACCUAAUCAACUACUGUGAUUGUUUCCGGUCUGUGGAUCUGAAAUGUGUGAGAGAGGUGAUCCGUUGCAGGAAUGAGUUGAUGCACUCUUGUGAGUUCUGUGUGAAGGAUGAUUGGCUGAGGCACUACCAGACCACUCUGAGACGCCUGCUGUGGCAGUUCAGCCACGUUCCACAGAUGGCAGCAGUUGGCCAACAGAUAGAGGAGAUGCUGACCGUUGAUUUGUCAAUAUGUGUCUCUGGGUGGGACCGAAUGGAUUCUGCUGACAUGGAUGGAUUAGAGUGUGACUCUUCCAGCCAAUCAGAGAUCAGUGCUGACUUAAUCAGCCAAUGGGAGGCAGAGUUGCUGCAAGAGAGGCUGCAGGAGUUACUGGACACUACUGCUGCUGCUGAUGAUGAUGAUGAUACAAAGACACAGGACACUGAGCAGUUGAAGAGGCUGGGAGGUUUCCUGCAGGCCAACAGAGACCUGGCUCAGAGGUUUUCUGCAGAGCUCCAAGCCAUCAACUCACUGGAGGCCAGAGAAUAAGAAGGAGGAAGAGGUGACGAGGAGGACGAGGAGCAAAUUGUGCACCAUGUCUUUAUAUUUACUAUUCAAAAUGUGUCAAUGUCAGAAUUUAAGCAGGCCAAGGGAUUGUAUGUGCAUUUAUAUAAAAUUUCACUGACAAUGUAAAUUGAAAAAAUCUGACAAAAUCCAUUGACUUGUUUCUGACUGAUUUAUUGAUCUUUAUUUUGGUUGUUCAUCUAAAAUAAUAACAAUAAUAAAAUCAGAAAUCUACUCAGGUGCUUAUGCAACCACACACACACUAAUGAAUUCAUGUCAAAAAGUCACAGUACAAAAAUAGAAACUUUAUGAACAAGCAGAGUGUGGACAAUAACUAAAUGUUAAUGAUGUAUGUAGACAUUAUUGACUGAGUAGAUGAAGCUUGUGGAGCUUUUGUUGAAUUAGCAUUAACAUCUUCGCCGUAAUGAACAGUCCUUCAAGCCCGACAUGGUGUUCACAGGGAAUAUUGUGGGAGCUGGGUUAGGUGGAGUUACUUUUCCCUACUUUGUAUCCUGGGUAGCUUCAUCUAUUGCAAUGCAUCAUAUUUUACAAGCCCAUUAAAUGUAUUGUACAUAAAAUAUGAAUCUGCAGUAAGUAGAAGCCUGACUUGGUGUAAAAUGAAUCAUGCAGUGAAAUAUAAAAUGCAUUCAUUUGAA